GAAUGCGUUUUGUAUGGCCGUAUUGAUAGGGGAACGAUCAUGCCUAUCGAUGACCGCCCUUUGGUCGUCUCACUACUCCGCCGCUCCGAUGACUACAACUGGCGAGGUGACAACGUACUCCAUGGCUCUACCCCUGCUACCUAGGCGAACCAUUCACCCGCAUAGAGUGUUACCUAAGUAAUAUUAGUCGCCUGACGGUCAGGGGAAGGAGCGCUCUACAAUUGAAACCUUUCCCCUUAUUAUUGUUUCCAUCUUUGCCUACCUUGCCUUACCAGAUAGAUGACUUGCACCGUCAGAUAUUUGUGUUUUCAUCCCCAACACAAGCAUGAACGGCAAAGUAGCAGAGAAUGCCCAACUCAAAAGAAACUCCAUACUCUCGCCACAAGACCAUUGUCAAACGAACCAAAAGAACGAAGAUGGUUUCGAGAGGCCUUUGACGAUACUGGAAAGCUUUCUGUUCGAGGACGACCUUUCGCAAAAGUCUUGGGACGACAUGCCUGAGCGAAUCAGUGAAUCCGGCCACCUUCUCGACAGACAAGUGCGUUUUGAUGAAAAGGUCUUCGAGGCGCUGGACACCUAUGGAGACCUCGUCAAACUCGAAUACACCUGUGCGAACAUCGAUUGCCAAGAUCUCUCGAGCUUUGCGUGUAAGGACUGGUGGCGUCUAACGCGACUACACAAUACGCUUCGUCACCAACAUCACAGGUUGCUUCAAAUUACCCAGCAUCAUUCAACAGAUCCUAUGCUCAUCAGACUGCCUGCCAAAUGCGCCUUACCUAUUCGACUUGUGAGCCGCAUCGUCAUAUUCCUUCAUCUAUUAGAAAGGGGGCUGCCAAGCUCGCGUGAGCACAUGGAUGGGUUUAUUCAUCAGGCCUACCAAGACAUGACAGUACUUUAUGAAGCAAACCCCUACUUUGGCUAUACUUGGGCCGGGUGUCUAAGCCACCUUUCAGUUUUUCGUUCCCGUAUAGCGAACGACAUCGAAGAUCAACAACUAUGGCUGUCGCUUGGUCAGCUUUGGCACCAAAAAGGCAUAGAGAGCUGGGCCAGCGCAUGGAACUCAAAGACUAUGCGGGACCCAAUCAGUGGCUGAUGUGCUGGGAAGAUGGAUAAUCAAAGGUGCACGAGGCGUUGAAGAAUAAACGAGGGAGAUCGGGGUGUUUAUUCGCUUUCGUAGUUAAAUAUAUUGUCCAUGUACGAACCACGACGGUCGCUCAACAUGCUCAACAGGGCAUUGUUGUUCGUGUGAAGCUUCAUGUUCUUAGUUCCACCUUCGAAAAACUUGCAGUUGUGAUCUGAGGCGGAUGCUCACGAAUGAAAUCCUCUCUCCCGCGCUUGAAAAGCCUCCACUUGGACCGUAACUUCAUUGGAUUCGUUUUAAGUCUUCGGUAGCUGCGGAGUAUCGUGUUGAGUAAUUCAAGGCUCCAGCACUCAGGUCG